AUGACUUCACUUCUGACAGGUUCGGCAGUUCUCGUUGCAGGGGAAAAUAGGCGAGGAAACGACAACAAUGGGUUUGGUUACAGUUGUCUUAAGACGACAGGCUCCAGGAUGAAAAGCCUUUCAGUCAGUUACAACCGUGAACCACUUUUCUCACGUUUCUUCCACAAUGAUAGCAAUACCCUUGUAGAGAGAACACUGGACGGUGCGAGGAAUGAUGAAAAGAUAGUGAUCAUCAUAUCAAUGACUAGGCCCGCAUAUCACAAUCUGAGGGGCUGCGGAAGUAACGGUACAAGCGACCGUCUUGGACUGUGCGGUCCCGGACCUGAGGCGUCGGGACUUUGUAAUGAAGUAGACGCGGAGGUCCGUAGAUCCAUGACAUCAGCCCAGUUGAAGGGGUUGAAUUGCAUGCACCUGGACCCUAGCCGCUGGGCGAUGCUUUGUGUUUCCGACAGCGGCGGAAGAUGCAACCCCAGAACCACUCAGUUGUUGACCGGUAGUGGUCUUUCGGUUCAAGUUCCCAAAAAGGUCGAGUCACAAGAGUUGGAAAAUCAGUACCGAACUUGGUUUCUUGACCGACACCGCCGCUCAAGGGUCAGUGAAAGCAACCGAGCAGACAGUAGUAAGCACUGUAUUAUAAUGGUUGAAGGGUAUUGA